GGCAUUAGUUGGGAUGUCUGCAAUGCCAAAGCUGAUUCGUUGAAACAGUGUAGUUUCUGACGGUUCAAACUGGGUCCUUGACACAGACCUAGCAGUCCUUUUCACCUGACAUUACGACUCAUUCUUCCUCUUACAAUUUUUUAAACCUCUUGGUCACUGCAGUCGUUAUCUCAAAAUCUUUCUUUGUUGGCGGCUGAUUUUCGCGUGGAAUUUUAUUUUCCUUGUCAAACAAAAAAUCCAGCAUUUUUCUGAUCUCAAAAAGGAACAGCCAAGAUGAGUAUCUCAGACAGCGAAGACGAACCUCUUACUCUCUCCUCGCACGCGUUGGCAGCGCUUGCUGAAUUCAAGGCUGAGGAGGAUGCCCGCCAAAAGGAGUUUGAGAGGCUGCAGGAGCUAGCCGAGGCAAAGGCGGCCAAGAAGGCGCCGAUAUCCAUGGCGGCGUUCAUGGAGGACUGGAACAAGUCGCAAUUCUGGUACUCUGACGAGACGGCGGAUUUCUACGCCAGGCGGCUUCUCGAGGGCGCUGAUGCGGACACGACGAUUGCGAUUGUGUCCACGCCUAGUGUGUUUGUUGCUCUGCAUAAUAUCCUGACUGCGCGGGACGAGAACGAGGCCCGGCCAAAGGUCUUUCUGCUGGAGCACGACAACCGCUUCAACGUCUUCCCCGAAUUCGUCUGGUACGACUUUGCGCAGCCCUUUAAGCUCCCGGGCGAGCUCAAGGGUGCCGUAGACCGCAUCAUCAUCGACCCGCCCUUCCUCAGUGAGGACUGCCAGACCAAGACCGCCAUGUCGGUCCGGUGGAUGAUGAAGCCCGACGCCGCCGAAAAGGGCCGCGUCAUCGUCAGCACCGGCGAACGCAUGUCGGAAAUCGUGCUCAAGGUGUACAAGCCCCUCGGCGUCAGGACGGCCACGUACGAGCCGACGCACUCCCGAGGGCUCAGCAACCAGUUUUGCUGUUAUGCGGGCUUUGAGUGCGAUGGCUGGACGUGGCGGGAGGGGGAUGCAAACUAAAAGGGGGGAAUACUUCAGAUAGAAAGAAUACCCUGGCGACGCAGCCUUCCAUUCACCUUAGCUAGCUUCACAAUGAUAGACUGGCCCUGAUGAGGACCAAAUUGGGCAAAUGUGUUUUUUUUUGGUUUUGCGAGAUUUCAAUAGAAAGUACAUACGCUUGAUCGCUGUUCUAUACAAUGAUGGCCCCUUUCUUGGAUUGCCAUCCAAAAUGCGGAUUUUGUGUUUUGCCUUGCCAAAGGGCCCAAGAUGAUGCAUUACCCACGUUUAUUUCCAACGCCGACAAGAUGCUUGAUCCUCCGUCGCCCAUCCCCUUCGCCAUUCCAAAGCGCCCCUUGGCCCCUUCCCGUUUGACAUACUUUCGGCGGCGCCACCGCGUACAUCUCCUUUGACCUGGUGGCAUUAAUAUCUUACAAUGCUUGGCAUGAGACGUUUCGUUCUCUCUCUCUCUCUCUCUCUCU